GUCUUAUAGUUAUGACUACUUAUGUUGAUGUACUCACUUCGUUAAAGCCAUGCGGAUACUAUCGCCCCCAGCUAGACUUCCAACUUGUUGAUUGAUAUCACAUGAAUAAAGUUACAACGACUAGUACGUCGUAGGCAAAUCACCCUGAAUCGCAAGCAAAGCCUCACUCGUUGACCAUGUCCUCCUUCAUUCCACAAACGAGAAUGGCAGAGGAAGAGAUGGCGGCAAAGGCCCUGGUGGAGGCGGAUCUUCAUAUGGUAACCACAUGUACACCGGUAAACGACAUCAACACAAGAACUCCGAGAAUCACUAUAACUCCUCAACAGGAGGUGGUGGUGGCGGGAACUACUAUUAUGAAGAGCCACCUCCCUUGAAAAGUUCAGAUUGUUGCAGGUUCAUUUCCUUUUCCACUUGAGGACGUCGAGUUUUUGUUGAAGCUCCUUGAAAGGAAAACAAUAUACGAUGUAGGACAUGAAAGAAUUACCACUUUUUACAUCGAAGAUGAAGACAGGUAGCUCUAAUCCCGUGGUAGCAGUAGCAGUUUUGUCGGAACAAGUAACUACCAAACCGGGACU